AUGGCCCAAUUCAUGAAGCUACUUGUGACAAUUGCAUUAACUACCGCAAUCACAAUCACCAUCAUCACCACGACCACCAAACCUACCACCACGUCCACAACAUUUGAUCUCGAAGACCCUUUCAAGGACGUUACACCACCAGGAACGUUUAAGAUCAGACCGAGUCGUUUCUUGGCUGAAAAAGUCGGCCAGGGUCAAGGGCCAAAAGCACGUAACCCAAACGCAGCUGACCAUUGCAACAAGGAACCAGAGAUAUGCAAAAGCAGCUAUUACAGCACCGGAUCAAACUCAACAAUGGCUUGUUGCAACAAUAAAUGUAUGGACUUAUCGACAGACGACAAUAACUGUGGUGCGUGUAAGAACAAUUGCAAGUUCGGACAAACGUGUUGUCGCGGUGAGUGCGUCUACGUGGCUUUGGAUAAACGUCAUUGCGGUGAGUGUAACCAUCCUUGCGAUGACGGCAAGUUCUGCGUCUACGGUCUCUGUAACUACGCGUGA